AUGGACUCUGGCCUAGUGACCACCAGGCGGCCACUGCAGUCCUAUGAGAGGUUCAACCUGACCGUGGUGGCCAUGGAUGGUGGAGAUCCCCCUCUCUGGGGCAGCACCAUGCUCCUGGUGGAGGUCAUCGAUGUCAAUGACAACCGCCCCGUCUUCGUGCGCCCACCCAACGGCACCAUCCUACACAUCAGAGAGGAGAUCCCGCUGCACUCCAACGUGUAUGAGGUCUAUGCCACAGACAGGGACGAGGGCCUCAACGGGGCGGUUCGCUACAGCUUCCUGAAGACGGCAGGCAACCGGGACUGGGAGUACUUCACCAUCGACCCCAUCAGUGGCCUCAUCCAGACGGUGCAGCGCCUGGACCGGGAGAAGCAGGCGGUGUACAGCCUCAUCCUGGUGGCCAGCGACCUGGGCCAGCCGGUGCCGUACGAGACGAUGCAGCCACUGCAGAUAGCCCUGGAGGACAUCGACGACAACGAGCCCCUCUUCGUGAGGCCCCCAAAAGGCAGCCCCCAGUACCAGCUGCUUACAGUGCCUGAGCACUCGCCACGUGGCACCCUCGUGGGCAACGUGACAGGCGCCGUGGACGCAGAUGAGGGCCCCAACGCCAUCGUGUACUACUUCAUCGCAGCCGGCAACGAAGAGAAGAACUUCCAUCUGCAGCCGGACGGGCGUCUGCUGGUGCUGCGGGACCUGGACCGGGAACGGGAGGCCGUCUUUUCCUUCAUCGUCAAGGCCUCAAGCAAUCGCAGCUGGACACCUCCCCGUGGGCCCUCCUCAGCCCUCGACCUGCUGGCUGACCUCACCUUACAGGAGGUGCGGGUUGUGCUGGAGGACAUCAAUGACCAGCCGCCUCGGUUCACCAAGGCCGAGUACACUGCAGGGAGUGUGGACGGUAUCCUGCGCACCUUCGACCUCUUCAUGGCCUACAGCCCUGGCUACUUUGUGGUGGACAUUGUGGCCAGGGACCUGGCAGGCCACAACGACACGGCCAUCAUCGGCAUCUACAUCCUGAGGGACGAUCAGCGUGUCAAGAUCGUCAUUAACGAGAUCCCUGACCGUGUGCGCGGCUUUGAGGAGGAGUUCAUCCGCCUGCUCUCCAACAUCACGGGCGCCAUCGUCAACACCGAUGACGUGCAGUUCCACGUGGACAAGAAGGGUCGGGUGAACUUCGCACAGACAGAGCUGCUCAUCCAUGUGGUGAACCGGGAUACCAACCGCAUCCUGGACGUGGACCGGGUGAUCCAGAUGAUCGAUGAGAACAAAGAGCAGCUGCGGAAUCUUUUCCGGAACUACAACGUCCUGGACGUGCAGCCAGCCAUCUCUAUCCGGCUGCCUGAUGACAUGUCUGCUCUGCAGAUGGCGAUCAUCGUCCUGGCUAUUCUCCUCUUCCUGGCAGCCAUGCUCUUCAUCCUCAUGAACUGGUACUACAGGACCAUACACAAGAGGAAGCUCAAAGCCAUUGUGGCUGGCUCAGCAGGGAAUCGCGGUUUCAUCGACAUCAUGGACAUGCCCAACACUAACAAGUACUCCUUCGACGGGGCCAACCCUGUGUGGCUGGAUCCUUUCUGCCGGAAUCUGGAGCUGGCCGCCCAGGCCGAGCACGAGGACGACCUGCCCGAGAACCUGAGCGAGAUUGCUGACCUGUGGAACAGCCCUACCCGCACCCACGGAACUUUUGGGCGUGAGCCAGCAGCUGUCAAGCCUGACGAUGACCGGUACCUGCGGGCAGCCAUCCAGGAGUAUGACAACAUUGCCAAGCUGGGCCAGAUCAUUCGGGAGGGGCCCAUUAAGGGCUCACUGCUGAAGGUGGUCCUGGAGGAUUACCUGCGGCUCAAAAAGCUCUUUGCACAGCGGAUGGUGCAAAAAGCCUCUUCCUGCCACUCCUCCAUCUCUGAGCUGAUCCAGACGGAGCUGGAGGAGGAGUCAGGGGAGCACAGCCCGGGCCAGGGCAGCCUGCGCUUCCGCCACAAGCCACCCAUGGAGUUCAAGGGCCCCGACGGGAUCCACGUGGUGCAUGGCAGCACUGGCACGCUGCUGACCACCGACCUCAACAGCCUUCCCGAGGAUGACCAGAAGGGCUUGGGCCGCUCACUGGAGACGCUGACAGCUGCCGAGGCCAGUGCCUUUGAGCGCAACGCCCGUACCGAGUCCGCCAAAUCCACGCCCCUGCACAAGCUGCGUGACGUGAUCAUGGAAAGCCCUCUGGAGAUCACCGAGUUAUGACUGUAGGGGGAGGCCUCGCUAGUGUGAGCGGUGCCUGUCCCUCCAUCUCUCCCGGGGCAGGGCCAGCGGGGUCUGGGUCCCCCACCCCAGGCCAGUGCAGGAUGGACGACCUCGGGUUGGCCCCAGCAGGCAGCCCCCACCAGCUGCUCGGACAGAUUUCACUUUUAUCAGGCGCUCAUUCAGCAUCUGAUCUCCACCUUCAUAAAAUUUGUUAUUUUUUUAAGAAAAAAAAUGCUAAGCAUCUAAGGACGAGGUAAGGAGGGUCACUGGGGGCGCAGGAGUCUGAUGACCAGCUUAGCUCAGGUUGGGCCAUAAGAGGCCAAGCAGGGCCUCUUCCCCUCCCCAUUCCACCCCCAGCAAGCACACCCCGUCCCAUCCCUCGCAGUGCAGGGGCCCAGCGCCGGCACCCCCUGCCUGCCCAACACCUCGACUUUGGCUCAUCUCUGCCACAUCCCCAGCUGGACAUCUAGGCGGAGGCAGGGAAUGACCCCUGCCUCCCACAUGGACUAAAAGGUCAAUGCAAUGAAGAGCAGAGCGUCCUCUCCGUUUCAUCGGCUUCCCAGACACACCCAGCUUCUUCUGAAAUGACUGAUGUUCCCCGGGUUUUGAAUGUAGAGUGUUCAUGUGUAUUCCUUUUUUAAAUUAAGUUAUUCCCUUGAUACCUGCUCCUUCAUUUUGUUUAACUAGUACUCAACGGAAGUUUUUGGAAUGGUCUGUUUAAAAAGAAAAGCAGCUCAGGAGGAACCAGCAGUAUCUCUGGCUCUGGUCAACUCCUGUGGCUGGCCUGGGGUGGGAGGACUGGGACAGGGGGACUGGCCUAAGGCUGGCACUGGGUUUCUCUGCGAGGUCAUGGGGGGGGGUU